AUGAAUCCUUAUUUUGUUGGCCUUCUUGUGCCCAUUGCGGUCUCUCUUCUGCUCCAGAAAAGGAGAAAGGUUGAAAAUAAGAGGGGUGUGCCAGUUGAUGUUGGUGGAGAGCCUGGCUAUGCGAUCCGCAACCAUCGGUUUGAACGCCCUGUUGAAACACACUGGGAAGGGGUCAACACACUUGCUGAGCUGUUUGAGCACGCUUGCAAAGAGUAUCUCUACAUGCCCCUCCUUGGCACAAGGAAGCUCAUUUCAAGGGAAAUAGAAUCAUCACCUGAUGGGAGGUCCUUUGAGAAGCUUCAUCUGGGGGAGUACGAGUGGAAAUGUUACGCUGAGGCCUUCGAGAGUGUUUGCAACUUUUCUUCAGGAUUGGUCAAUUUAGGUCGCCAGGACAAUGAGCGUGUUGCUAUUUUUGCCGAGACACAGGCUGAGUGGCAGAUUGCACUGCAGGCAUGCUUCAGACAAAACAUAACAGUUGUCACCAUCUAUUCCUCAUUGGGGGAGGAAGCACUAUGCCACUCACUAAAUGAGACUGAGGUCACUACUGUAAUAUGUGGCCGGAAGGAAUUAAAGAAGUUGAUUGAUAUAGGUUGGCAACUUGACACUGUCAAGCGUGUGAUCUACAUCAAUGAGGAAGGCAUCUCGGCUGAAGUUUCUAUAGCUCAAAACAGCACUAGCUGGUCAGUUAAGUCAUUUGAGGAAGUAGGUAAAUUGGGAGCUGAAGCACCUGUUGAUGCAAACAUGCCUCUCCCAUCUGAUGUUGCGGUGAUAAUGUACACAAGUGGUAGCACUGGAUUGCCCAAGGGAGUUAUGAUGACCCACCGCAAUGUCCUAGCUACACUUUCAGCAGUUAUGACCAUUGUGCCUGAACUUGGCAAAAAGGAUAUAUACAUGGCCUACCUCCCACUGGCGCACAUUCUUGAGUUGGCAGCUGAGACACUUAUGGCUGCUGUUGGGGCCUCCAUUGGAUAUGGAUCAGCUUUGACCCUGACUGAUACAUCAAGCAAAAUAAAGAAGGGGACCCUAGGCGAUGCUUCUGCACUGAGGCCGACACUGAUGACUGCUGUACCUGCUAUACUUGAUCGUGUCCGUGAUGGUGUGAGAAAAAAGGUGGAUGCAAAGGGUGGUGUAGCGAAGAAAUUAUUUGACAUUGGAUAUAGCCGCCGACUUGCUGCUAUCAAUGGAAGUUGGCUUGGUGCAUGGGGAGUAGAGAAACUGUUGUGGGACAGGCUUGUCUUCACGAAGGUGCGUGCAAUAUUGGGAGGAAAUAUUCGCUUUGUACUCUCAGGUGGAGCACCUCUGUCCGGAGACACUCAGAGAUUUAUCAAUAUAUGCCUUGGGGCUCCAAUAGGCCAAGGGUAUGGUCUGACUGAAACUUGUGCUGGAGGAACGUUUUCUGAGUAUGAUGAUACAUCUGUUGGCCGUGUUGGUGCUCCACUACCUUGUUCAUAUAUUAAGUUGAUUGACUGGGCUGAAGGGGGAUACUUAACAACGGAUUCACCAAUGCCUCGGGGGGAGAUAGUCAUCGGAGGUCCCAAUGUAACUAAAGGCUAUUUCAAGAAUGAAGCUAAAACAAGUGAAGUCUAUAAGGAUGAUGAAAGAGGUCUACGAUGGUUCUAUUCUGGAGACAUAGGGCGUUUCCAUCCAGAUGGCUGCCUUGAAAUCAUUGACCGCAAGAAAGAUAUCGUGAAGCUUCAACAUGGUGAAUACGUAUCUCUUGGGAAGGUGGAAGCUGCGUUGGCUAUGAGCCCAUAUGUUGAGAACAUCAUGAUCCAUGCCGAUCCUUUUCACAGUUACUGUGUUGCACUUGUGGUAGCAGCACAGAAUGAGCUUGAAAGAUGGGCAUUGCAGCAAGGACUUGCAUACACCGAUUUUGCUGAUUUGUGCCAGAAGCAAGAGGCUGUUGUAGAAGUGCUUGAAUCUUUAACAAAGGCUGCGAAGCAAGCACGACUGGAGAAGUUCGAGACACCAGCCAAAGUCAAGCUGAUACCAGAUCCAUGGACCCCUGAGUCGGGCCUCGUCACGGCUGCGCUCAAACUCAAGAGGGAGGUGAUCAGGAAGACAUAUGAAGACGAUCUGGCGCAGUUGUACGCCUGA